UCCCCAUCUGUUUGAUUGGGAAAAGAUAUUUAACGAAAAAUAAUUAUUCAAAAGGGGAAAAGAAAGCGAAAGAAGAUUCCUCAUUGAUCCCAAUAUUGAAAUUAAAUCUCUAAGUUUUGUUUGCUCGUUCGUUUUGAUCAGUAAGAAUUUUCUCUUCUUACUCGUCCCCGAACGUGUACACGGAGAACCGUUCUACCGUAUCGAUAUUAAUGCGUUUACACGAGAUAAGUAGGUGCAAAUCGAAUGGAUAAUGAAGUGUAAAAAUAUGUAACGAGGGAAUUGUGGAUGGAGAAAAAGAUUGGAUCGUGUUCUUUUUUCACCUCUUAGAUGUCGUAUCCGAGUCCUAAUUUUCGUAUCCCGAAUUCCUUCGCGCCGCCGGCACCGCCCUAGUUUAAGUCCCCAAGGUUGCCAUUAUUAUUGUUUGAUUGGAUGUGUUACUCGAACGACCCACUUUUUUGCUCGAAACUAUUAUUUCCAUCAGGCGUUAUUGUAAGCCCUCGUGAAAAAGGCGGAAGGCAGUUGCCUUUUAACAUUAACGAUGGUACACACAAUGUACGCCUCUUUUAGCACGAUACUUUUACGGCACGGUACGAUUGACGUACGACGCGAUAUCUGUUUUCGAAAUGGUUUUCGGAAUUGGGAUCGAUUUGAGGUUAUCGUUUGUUCACGUACAAUAAGACAAUAAUCGAUAUCGAAAAUUUAAGUUAAUUUAAUCUUGUUAAUUUCGAAAGUGACAAGUAUUACUAUUCUCGUAAGUUCUAACCUCAAAACUUGCAACAGUUCUCUUUCUUGAUGGUCGAGUCUUCGAACGCCAAUCAUAUUGCUUCGUAUGGUCACGUGAUCGUGUAAAGGAGCACGAAUAGUAAUUUCGUUCGUAAUUUUUCGAUUUUUACUAUAUCGAGAACUUUAUAAGCUUUUCGAUUUAUAAAACGAAUUAUCGAAGAUCCAAGUUAUAAAUCUAUUCCAACCGAAAAGUGAAAUAUUUAGAUAUCGACUGAAGUUACGUUAAAUAUUAGAUAUCGCUCUAAAAGCGAGAUAUUGCAGAGAUAUUAGGAAGCGCUAUAUCGAUGAAUAAUCGAGUUCCAUUAAGUUCGAAUUACAAAGUUGAGCAAGCUACUCCCGACCCAAUUUAUGUUGGAUCAAGUUUUUAUUUCGAAAUUGCGGCACGUAUCGUCCGGAUAGAAAAAUAACGUUCAUAGGAAAUUAUCCAAUGUUAACUUAGUUGCAAAUGAGCACUUAUGACAACGCGAGAAUAGUCGCAUAGUGAUGAAAGUAAUCGGCUAUUCUACGGGCUUAACGUUGCGUGAAGAAAAUAGAAAGUUUUCUUGGAAGAUGAUUUAGAGGAAUCAUACGCUAUUCAACGAAUAAUUUGUUAUAUUAUCGCGUGAUUUCCUAACUCUUUAUGAUCGGAUGAAGCACAUUCGUCCAUUAUAACCCAUUACUCGUUACGAAAGUACGAAAAUAUACAUUGUGAGCUUUUAAAAGUUUUUAACACGCGAAGAAUAAUUUAAUCGUCACUUAAUCGAGGAAACGUGCAACUUUGACGAUAGAAAUAUCACAAAUUCCUCACGAAACAGGUCUUUUAAAACCUCGGUCGCCUUUUCCAAUAAUUUUCAAAAUUACAUACCCGAAGAUUCGCUUUACCGCAUUGCGUAGGCGAAAGCACAGAUGCAACGAAUCAACGAGUGAAAUUUCCGCCCCUCCACCACGCAACGAAUGGAUCCCUCCGCAGCCAGUUUCGGAGAAGAGCGAUGAAAAAUCCAUUCGUAAUCCGUUAAAUGGUGCGCGCAGCAACGGGAUUAGGAGAAGGUGGGUGCGCGAUCGCAGGGCGGUUGCUUCGGAUCCUUGGCAUCCCGUGUGCGACGCGGAGGCUGGCUGGUGACUCCGUGACCCAGUUUCCCCCGUUUCCUCCACCGCCUUCGAUUCGUAUACGCGUACUCGUGCUCGUCCUUCGCCGUAUCUCUCUCGAUAUCCAAUAUUCCUUAACAUAUUCGACUUGGAUCGACAAUAAUCAAUAUGGCAUCUCGUCAUCUUUACCUCCGUCAGCGCGGCCUUCGUCCAUCUCCCUUCACCAAUCGCCACUCGUUUUUGCACCUCGGUACCGCCACCCCUCUGUGUUCCGCUACCGUCACGCGCUGUAUCCCCGAGGAGAGCGGCAUUGCCGCCGUGGCCGCCGCCGGAAUCACCGCCGCCGCGUCGACUCGAGGCGGCUCGAGUCGAGCGACGGUGGUGGUAUCCGGCGUCGGGCCGCGUCUCGACGUCGUCGUCCGUUCACGCUUGCCCUGGCUCGGCGACGCUAUGCGUCGCGUCCUUCUCGCCACCUGUGCCAGCUGUUCCACCCGACUCGAGGGAUUAGGAUGUAAUCGAACGGACGAUUUCAGUACACCAAUCAGCUCUGGCAGCAACAUGAGCAGUAUAGCAAGGUUUCCAAAAUUGGACGAGUGUGCCCACUUUCAUUACGAACAUGUUGAACUCAGUUCUUUGGAGGUUUCGCUUAGCGAGGGUAGCAAUGAUUCAGACAGCUACGCGGUCAGAGUAACAUCCGGGGACGCAUGCUGGACGUUGCAACGAUCGUACGAUAAUUUUGUUAUGUUCGACAAGCAGUUGCAUCGGUGCAUAUUCGACAGGAAGUUCUCUUCCUUAACCAAGCUUCCAGAUACACGGCCAAAAAACACCUGUGAUAUACUGAGGGACUAUUUGAACAGGUUCUCCCAGUUGAAUCAUGAAGGCCUAAAUUGUGGCCCUGUGUUAAAUUGGUUGCAGCUAGAUAACAGGGGAAGAAGAAUCCUCGUCCCAGAGUCAGAUUCAUGCCCCAUUAACACUCCUGCAGUAGCCGCUGCUUAUGCAGUUAGACCUUACGUAGCUCAGGCGCCGGAUGAAAUCUCGUUUCAGGUUGGAGACAUGAUUUCGGUAAUAGAUAUGCCCCCUCCAGGGGAGAGUACGUGGUGGCGUGGGAAGCACGGAUUUGCAGUCGGCUUUUUCCCGGCCGAGUGCGUGGCUGUGAUCGGGGAUAAAGUGCCACGGCAUCUCACCGUGUCGACGACAGUUAGAUCAAAGUUACCCGUGAAACCGGUGCUCAGAAAGCACGGGAAGCUAAUCGCCUUUUUCAGAUCGUUUAUAUUGAAUAGACCGUCUAGAAGGCGGUUGAAGCAGUCGGGAAUUCUGAAGGAACGUGUAUUUGGUUGUGAUUUAGGGGAACAUCUUUUAAAUUCUGGCCAAGAUGUGCCCACCGUCUUAACGUGCUGCGCCGAAUUCAUCGAGAAUCAUGGCCUGGUUGAUGGCAUAUACCGCCUGAGCGGCGUGACAUCGAACAUUCAGAGAUUACGAAACGCGUUCGACGAGGAUCGUGUCCCUGCAUUGCAUUCCGAUGAAAGUAUUCUACAGGACAUUCAUUCUGUGGCUUCGUUGUUGAAAAUGUACUUCAGAGAGCUGCCGAAUCCGCUCUGCACGUACCAGCUUUAUUCCACUUUCGUUAGCGCGGUUCAAGCCAGUACCGAUGCGGAGAGAUUGAGGCGGAUGAGGGAUACCGUUAGAAAAUUACCACCACCGCACUACAGAACGUUGGAAUAUCUUAUGCGACAUUUAGUGAGAGUCGCAGCUCGAGGAGCGGAGACCGGUAUGACGCCGCGUAACGUCGCGAUUGUUUGGGCUCCGAAUCUCUUAAGAUGCAAGGAGCUGGAGGUUGGAGGCGUAGCCGCGUUGCAAGGCGUCGGUGUGCAGGCUGUGGUCACGGAAUUUUUGGUCUGUUACGCCGAAUUAAUUUUCGGGGACGGUCCGGUUGGAAGGCCGAAAUCGUUGGCCAUUACAACACCGGCGAGAUUGCUUAGUUUGGAAGAGGCUCGAAAUCGUAGCCUGAGAGGUGAGCCUGAUUACGUGGAAGUGGGCGCCGGUCCAGCCGGGUUACCAUUACAUUACCAUACGGUCAUAGAAUUACCGCGAAAGAGAAAUGGCUCGAAACGUUCACCCUCGUUGAACUGGAGAGCUUUGUUCGGUCGAGGUGGUUUGGGUGCCAGAGGAAAAACAAGACAAGUUGGCACGCCACCUCAAACAGAAACGGUGCCAAGUUCCUUAAACUCCUUACGACGAUUAAGACCAGUGAAAAGCGCAGACAGUUUGGAUGGUGAGGACAGUUUAGGUCCUCUGCUGGGACCGCCACCAGCUAGACCUUGCGGACAUAGUCGAUCAGUUUCGCAUGAUUCCUAUUUCGAUCAUUUAGCAGACGCACCGAAUACCGCGUCGCCGUUGGAUUUAUCGGAAAUACAGCUUAACUUCGACUUGGAGGAACGAGAAAUGCGAAUGUUCUCGGAGGAGGAGAGUGGGGGAGUUGCGUCGGUGGAAGCCUCUCCUCGACGACAGAGAACGGAAGGAACGCAGAAUAUAGCCGCUACCGGUGGAUCCAAGAGAAAGAGGUCGCGAUUGGAGGAAAGACUGCAGUGCGACGUUGAGUUGCGCUUCAUUGAUAGCCAAAGUCCUGAUCAGGUGAUGGUAUCUGCAGAUAUUCACAGCAUGGAUACUCCAUCUCCUUUGCCAACACCAGGCUACCUACCGUUAUUAUCCGAAGCUUCAACCCCACUCACACCCGCUACGCUACAUGGAACACCCCAUUCUACGUCACCUGUACCGGCUAACAGUCCUAGAAUAAGUUUCCGAAGUUUCACUUUACCUUUAGAAAUCGAUGACAAUGAACAAAGUAACGCGAACAAACUGAACAGAACUAGCGUGUCUUCCGAUAAAUCAUCCGACCCUAGUCAUAGGUUAUCCGUAAACUUAGAAGGGCAGAGUAAUGCUAAAUCCUGCGAGAGAAUAAUGACAUACGACAAGCACAUAGAUUUGUACGAUGAUAAAGAGUCUUCCAAGGCUCAAAAGACUUCGAAGGAGACGAACUUAGUUGUAUCGGAUGUAGUCGACCAAGAAAUGAUGCCUUGCGAGAGGCUAAUGUCUCAUCCUAGCGAGAUAGAUUCUAGUAAAGUAACGACGUCUAUUUGUAAAGAUAUAGAAAAUAGAUCGAGCUCGUGUCCCGUUGAAGAUAAUAAAUCUCGUAGCGGAGACACCAGAGAUACGUUGGACGUGCGGAAACACGAUGUACCGAUGAACAAAUCGAUCGUUUCACAAAACGACGAUGCCAUGGCUGGAAAUUCAAACGCACAUAGGAACGAAUUACCAGGACUGCCAUUAUCCAGCGCAACAGAUCUCGAUUCUCCGAUGUCGUGCGAACAAACGAUCGAGGAUUUGCCUGAUUCCGGUUUCGUGAUUUGUGAUAACUCCGACAAGAUAUUUACAAACACAGAAACGUCACAGAUGAUAUCCAACACUAACGAUUCUGGCGAGUGGGUGAUAGUAGAGACAACCGGUUCGAUUACGACACCGACGAGCGAAUCAAGUAGCUCUAAGGAUCCUUUAGAAGGAACUGUGAAUAAUGCGAUUGCAACGGAUGCGCCGCAGCUAAGAUCGAUAUCGGAAAAUGUUUCCAGAACUUCUUUGGAUCUCACUAUGGGCUCAACUGUAGAUACUGAUACGUCUUGCAUUGGUGUCAGUGACUUGACUGAAAGUCCCGUUCUUCCUCAGGAAUCGGCUGAAAUGACAUUCGACGUUGCUGAUAAUAGAGAAUUGGAGGAACACGAUGUACAAAGAACUUCUAGAGUUUUCGAUGAUCAAACAAACUUUGGAGUGGUUGAUUCUGGGAAUAAUUUUUCAAAUAUUGUACAUUCGCCUGUACAAGAUCAAGACAAUGGAAAUCAGAAGAUACGUACCGUUAGUAUGGCAGAUAUUCAUUUAAAUCAAAAAUCUAAUGAAAUGGAGCAUGAAAACAACGCUUGUUACACGCAAUUGGAUAACACUAAAGCGUUCAAUAGAAAUGAGAAUUCAGUGAAGGAACAAAUUCUCGUAGAGGAAGAAACUUUUGGAAAUUCUCAACGAUCCUCAAAAAGUCUCGAUUUUCAACAACAAGAAAUUCGACGUUCCUUGCAGUUACAUAAGAAACCACAAUUUCAGGCGAGUGAUCGUUGUUCGUUCCCCAAUCAAUCAAAGAAGAGUCAAAAUCUUGAUCUAUCUUUAACUAAUGCCGACAACAACAAGCAACGUUGUCAAAAUCAAAAAUCGGAAAAGUGCCAAAGUUUUGAAUAUGUUUCGCCAAAGGAAUCGAAUCAGAACAGUCAACAGCACAAACAAUUUUCCUCGCGUGCUGAAGAAUCGUUGAAAUGCAACAACGUGAAAAACAGCCAAUUACAAGAGCACAUUGAAGUAGUAAUACCAUCGGAGAAUGCGGCAGAGCCUAGUGAGAUAGCUCAUCCUCCGGAAGGUGCAUCCGAGACAACAUCCUUAAACUCAUCGUGUACUUUUUCAAAUGCAUCUUCUCCGGUGGAUGAUUCUAUCGUUCUUCGAGACACAGCUGCUAUACUUCAAGAAUUAGCAUUGCAAAGGUUAUCUGGAGGUAUUGUGGGAGAUUUAUCCGUCCCAUCGAGGAGAAGAUACGAAGCGGAAAGUAACAAGGAUCGAAGAAGCUUUGAUUCUGAAAUCGGUAGGGAAAUUGUACGUGAGCGAAAAAUGAAGCAAGAAUUGGAUUCUGCUCGGGGAAAGUCGGAAGAACCACCGGUAAAUAAUACUCAACACUUGCCACCAUGUUUGAGAGCUCGUCACGCGAGGGCGACACGAGCAUCGCUCAGUCGAUCUUUAGACGAAGCAAAAUUCAAUAAGAUGACGGAGGAAGCAUCUCUACCCGUAAAACAGGUUACAGAGGACGCGCAGCACAGUUCUACGCCUAAUGUUGGAACAGGUUCGAACGCUACAUCGAGCAGUUCCGAUAAAACGCAUUUAAAGAAUCUUGGAUUAGAUCUUGGCGAUCCUCAGUGUAGAGAAAGGAUAGAAAAGUACAAAGAAGAAAGGAGGACAUUCUUAAGGGAUAAAUACAGAUCGGAAAGCUUUCGAGGAAUGUUAUCGAAGACGGAAGAUGAUGGGGAACAAGCACUUUUGGCUAGGUUAAAGCAGAGAGCUUCUAGACCCUCCCUUCAUUGAUAUUAAAGUAAUAUUUAUGGAAAUGUUCUGUCAAGUUUUUCCUGCGUUGAAUAAAUGGCUCUGCAAUCGCGUCGCAUGAUGAACUAUGAUAUAUACUAUUCCAGUGAUCUAUUCGUUGUACCGAUCAUCGCAUUUAACCCUUUGUUCUCAACGACGUUCGAAUUUUAUUGAGGUACGUUUAUUUCUUUUUGUUUUUGUUUUAUUAUUAUUAUUACUUUUCUUUUAUAUUCGAAUGUUAGAUAUGAAAACGUGUAUUUUUUUCGUUUGAAUAAUUUCAUAUGAUAUAAGAAAAAUGGAUAUCAGUAUUUUACGAUACUUAUCGAAAAUGAUAGUUAAUCGACUUGUAUCGAGUAAAUCGAUUUGAAUCGAGCAAAUCGAUUUCUAUCGACUAUCGUAAUUUUAAAUGGAAGACAUAUUGAUUCUAACGUCUAAUUUCAAAAAAUAUACGUACGAUUGAUUUUUUAAGUGAUUAAAAACUUUUUGCUAUAUUUUUUCUUUUUUUUAAGUAUUUAAUUAAAAUUUCGUUUAAUAUUUAUCUUUCUCUGCGUGUUAGAUUAAUCGAGUACAAAGGAUUAAAGUGUGAAAUUUAAUAAAGUUAAAUUAAAGAUGAGUGGUAUAACGAAAAAAAGAAAAAGAUGGUCUGAUGAUUGAUGCUUUUAGAAAGAAAAUCGAUGGAGAACGUUCGGUUUUUUAUCGCUGUUGUUAACAGAACAGUUCGAUGAUAUAAACUGUAUCUUUUAAUUUAUUAUAUAAACGAUAUUAUACAUAAAUAUUAUUAGAUUAUUUCUGUUAUUGUUACGAGUCGUGUAAGAAAUCAAUUUUUGUCAUUAUUGUUAUCGUUCCCAAAGAUGUCCCAUUUUAUUAAUGCCUUUCGUGCUGUUCUGUUAAUCGACCAUUAAUUUAAUCGAUAUGUACCAGAGUGUAUUGGGUUCGUGGACUGAUUUGUUGUCGACCCUUUGCACACGAAACUGCAUUUUUUAACGUGAGUUGAAGUAAGUAUGUAAGCUUGUUUGAUAAAUUUUACGCAAAGUUAAGUGUUUUCACGUACGAAUUUAUAUAUAAAUACUCCUCUUGUGAUGGUUGAAUUAGAAAUCUUCGAAUAAUUAUAUGUCCGUAACGCGUAGUGCUUUAUAAAUACAUGUUUUCUCAUAUUUUAUUGUCGUCCUGUUUGUUCGAGAAUAACGAAAAAAGAUGACAAAAAAGAAAAAAAUAAAAAAAGACUUAAAAAAAAAAAAGAGAGAAAAAAAACAAGAAAAAUGACCAAAUUAAUGAAUUCUAUUAAUACAUAUAUAAAAGAUAUUUGAAUUAUUCGUUCUGUUUCGAUUUGAAGUACGGGUGCAAAGGGAUUAAUAUUUUUUAAGUGAAAGCGUAUGUGUCUUCGUAUCGAUUAAUGUAAUCGAGUUAUAAGAUAUAAUCGAAACGCUUCCCUUUUUUUUUAUGAAUUUCGUUGUUGCUCAUUGAUCUAAAUAUUUUUAUACGAUAUAUGAAGCGUAUUGCAUUUUAACGAAUGGAAAGUUUGUUCGUUAUAAUAAUCGGAAGUGUGUGUUAACUAUCUUAGCAUUUUAUCACUUCCUUUUUUUUUCUUUUUUUCUUUUUUUUCUUGUUCGAAUUUUUCCCCCCUUUAAUUAAAAUUAAUAUUGUUAAUUUUUUUAUUUUAUUAUUAUUUUUUCACUUUUACGUUUUACGUGUUUGUUUUCACGCCAAUCGCUUAUCACGUGUAAAAGAAAUAGCACGUAGUUACAGAUUUUAUAAAAUAUGUUACACCCUAUUAAUGUUAUAUCGAUGUCGAGAAUAUGAAAUUAGAAUAUUCGUUGAUAUUCAUGUUCAAUUUUAUGUUAAGAGCUCUGGUACAUUUGAUGGAUUUUUGUUUAUAACUUUAUUGAAAGUUAACAAAAAAUUUUUUCUUUCUAUACAUACUAUACAUAAAUAUACGAAAAGAAAAAAAAAUAAUUGAAAUUAUCAUAUUAAAUUAAGUAUUCUAUGCACACGUUGAUAUAUUUUCUCUUUUUUGCCAUGGACUGGUCCAUGGCUUUGUAACACCUCUUUUGUAUAUUCUUGAUUAUUUAAUCAAUACAUGUAAUAUAUUAAUUUAUACUUUUUAGUUUGUGCAUUCAAUGUAAAGAAGAGCCUAACUUGAAAUCAAGAUUACUAGAGGACCGAAUAUUUUUUAAGGAUAACAUUGAAAAAUUUUAUCUCUUAAUCACUUAUAGGAAAGUAUAAUUUAUUAAAUUGAUAGAGUUUUAUAAAUUGCAUUACGUACAAUAUCCUUUAAUUUAUAUUUCCUUUUGCAUUUACUUCUUUUUUUUUUUUCUUUCAUUUUUUUCAUCAUAAUUUUUACCAUUUUUUUUAGGAAUUGCCGUUCUUGCAAAUGAUGAUCUAUUAUGGAUUACUUUUUAUUCUCAGUGUUCGCAUUUAUCUUUGAUUACCAGUUUUAUCAUAUUUUUCUUCUCUCGAAUAACUUGUAUUAUUACUAUAAUUCACUAUUUAAGAAUUUACCACUCAUUAAGAUCCAUUUACAAGCUGAAAAGUAUCCAGUCAUAUCGUAGACCGGAUACAGAAACGUUGGAAGAUCGUUAAGUCUUUUUUCUGAAGUCACACGAUCAUGGUUCCCUCUUUUUCCAACAAAUAAGUAUAAUCCAAACGCCAGAAUAAAUUGUCUCUCUUAGACAUUAUGAUAAUAAUUUAUAAUAAUUCAUCCAGCAUCAUCGUCGUAAAUCAAAUGAACUUAGUAAUAAAUCUAUAGAAGUCACAAGUCAUCUUUUUAAUAUUUCGAUCUUUGCCCGAAUCUCGGGGAAUCAUCAAUUUGUGAUCCUGAAAAUGCUCAAAAAAGAGAAAAGAAAAUAUUCAUUAGCAAAAGAACGUUCAAAUAUGGAUAUCGACAGAACCUUUUUUAAUAUAAUUAACAUUGCACGCGUAAUACGCGUUGUGUUCCAAGAUAAAUCGACCCUCAUGCGACCCGAAUAUUUUGUGUAUUUUUUUAUGCUACAUGUAAAGUAGUAUAAAACGAUGUAACACGAUUUUUUUGUAAAGCAAACGACAAACCAAGCGACGACCAAGCACACGUACUCGAAAUCAUCGAGAUACAUACUUAAAUCCAUUAGUUAACGAUUUGUAUUUGAAUGUUUAUGAAAAAAGAAAAAGAGAAAAAAAAAAGAAGAAAAAAGAAAGAUUAAUACUAUUUAAGAAGAAAAUUUAAAAAGUACUUGUGAAAGGAUGAAGGAUAUUUUUUUCUUGUUUAUUUUUUUUUUUAAAUUGUUAUUUUUUAUUAGAUUUUUUUUUAUUAGAUAUUACGAUAAUUAUGGCUAUGACGAGUGAGAGCAAGAUGUGUAACGAGAAAAUAGGACGUCGAUAGGACGCGUUUAGGUAACGCGACGGAAUUUUCGAAUUAAUAAAAGUUAGCGAUCGAGUAGCAGUGAUAAUAAUUGGAAUAGUGAUUAUUCCUCGUCAAAUCCAAUCUUUUUUGCUACAAUUUUUCCUGUUUGAUGUACACGUGACUCGCGUGGUAAACUUGUUAAAGCGUUCACGAACUAUUAAAAAACCUAUACGAAGUAUAAACAUUUCUAUAGCGUGUGUUGAGAAAGACUGUAACAAUUUGCAUUUAAACAUUGCAAAUUGUUCCAGUAGUAUCGUUAUAUUUUUUGCAUUUCUAUUUUUGAAUCGUGAUAAAUUUUUAAACGAGCAUUGAUCAUUCGAAAGGUUAAAAAUUAUUUCUUGAAUAUUUCAAUUGAAGUUUCGUUGUUUCUAAAUUUGAAUUUCUUUUUAAUAUUUAAUUAUUGAAAAUUUAACGUUAUUAAUUUGUUUGAGUGAUUGACUUGUUUGAUUGAAGUUAAAUAUUAGAUGAAGAAAUGAAAUAAAACUAAGAGUAAAGUCGAUAUAAUUAUCAAAGAUUCGAAUAUUCAGUGCUCGAUUUUUUAUUUAAUUGUCACUGUUUAAUUGUUUUUUUUAUUAAUUUUUAUCGAAAACAAGAAGAAAAGGAAAAAGUCGUGAACGCGUAAAUUUCAUAAAAAAUAUGCAUGCACAAGUAGCUUGUCCCAAUGAGAAAAUAAGAAGAAAUUUAUUUAGAAAUUAAAAAAAAGAAGUAUUUAAAGUGAACUUUAAUAGCUGCUUCCCUGGGUACCAAGUGUAAUAGGAAAGGCCUAGUUAGCGAUAUUUAAAAUAAUGCCUAAAAUAAUAAAAAAAAAAAAAAGGAAGAAAACUCGAGGAUCAUCUAUUUACGAGUAUACUUCUGCACAAUGUAAUGCGCAAUAACGAUACAUCCGUAGGAUGUAUAUUUUUAAUAAUUUGAGAUUCUUGCGGUUAUACCGGAUAUAUAAUAGAUAUUAUAUAGUCGUAGGAUUCUGAGAAUGAAAGAGAGAAAAGGUACGCCUAUUAGAAAUUAAUAUUUCUUAUGAGAAAUGACGCAAAGAUAAUUCAUAGUCGCAGAAAGAAAGGCUAAUAGUAAUCUUGUUUUUGAGCGUCAAAUACCCACCGUUUGUCAACUUGGACACUAUUAUUCUGUUUCCCACUCUUUCGAUUUCUUCUUCUUUCUUAUUUCUUAGUUGUAUUUCUCGUCGUAUGACUGUUUUGUUAUUAAACGAUACUACUGUUUUUUGCCUACUACGAUUAUAAUUAUAAUAUAUGGAAAAUUAUAUGUAACAAAUAUAAAUACUAUAAAUAUUGGAGAAAUCAUA